AUGAGGAAAAGGUACAGUUCUAUUGACAGCGUUGCACGUAGAAAAAAUGCCACUCGUGAGACAACCAAUACGCUGAAGGCUUGGUUGUACGAGCACAGGAAAAAUCCAUACCCAACGAAAGGCGAAAAGAUUAUGUUGGCCAUAAUUACCAAGAUGACCUUGACGCAAGUAUCUACGUGGUUUGCCAAUGCUCGGAGGCGGCUAAAGAAGGAGAACAAGAUGACUUGGGAGCCUCGAAAUAAGACCAGCGAAGGGGACGAUCGGGACAGCAGUUCGCCACGAGACAUCAAGUCUGACGACAAUACGGACGACUGUGGGGAUAGUAAUCUUCCUGAUUUCUUAAAACAAGAAUCAGACGGUUUCAUAAACAAACACAGUUUCCCGCCAACUUUCCAAAACCAUACUUUGGAGGCCAAACCCCUCAAUCAUCCUGAAAAAGAUUGUGCAACUUUUGGUGUGGACUGUUACCGUAUCCAAGCUCAAUCUUCAGAAGAUUCUGCCACGUCUGGCUCGCCGAGUCCCGGUCAUCCUUUGCAAUCCUCUCUUUAUGCUGAUGCUCAAUCUCGAUUCGAAGCAGGCAAAGACGACACGAAGGAUUCCGUUUAUUGUCCAGUCGAGGAGAAUGUACCAUUUGGCACAGGACCGAGCAGCAGGCCCAAAAUAUGGUCCCUGGCCCGGACAGCCACAUCGGACAGCCCACCCAUGAUCCGCAGGUCUUUAUACCCUUGUCCUGUUGACUUUUGCAUGGAAAAGAGCGAAAAAGAGUGCGUUACUGACAAAUCCAAAACCAGUAGCAGCUGUUCAGUUGCCACAUUCAGUGAUUUCAUUCCGGAGAGGACUAGUAGCGCAUUGAAGAACACAGCAGACGAUAUGUGUGACAAGAGGUCAAUGUACAAUCCGAUGUUGCCCAACUGCGGUGCUCUACCCGCCAAGUGUGAAACGACAGAUUGUUUGGAAUCGAAGGAUAGAAGCUCCUGCAUGUUGGGCAGCAACUCUGCUUAUGCAACAGAUUUCUCUAGUACUGUAAAUAGUGAUGCUUCAGCCAGGAACGCUUUUUACGGUGCUGGAAGCUACAAUGCGGCCUCACUACAUGAACAAGGGAUUCAUGUAGUCAGUAAAAACUCCAAUCAUACUGAUGUUGCGACGUCAAUUGAAAUAACGGAGUCGAGUUUACUAAGGCAAACUGAUCACUGA